AUGGCGCGAGGAGAACGGGAAGAACCACAACGAGGGGCGGAAGGAACCCGCAGCCGCAAUGGCCCCGCCACGAGCUACUACGACUUGUACCCAGAACGCAAAAGGACGGGUCCGUACAUACCCAAGCAUGCUCUUGUCGAGCACGACAAUGGCAAACGUUCCGACAAGAACAAAGCGUCAGGGGCAGGCAACAAUGCACUACGGCGAUCACUGUCAGGAAGUCAACUCGUCUCCCACCACAAUACCGCCAUCGACUUGUCACAGCCUCCCAAGUCCACCAACAGGAAGGAUGACCGAUCUGAUCCCAUACAGGACUCUAUUACGAGCCCGUACGCCUCGUCCUCCAUCGCACAUAGCCGGGACCGACCCUUCAGCAGCGCACGGGAGCCUGUCAAGUCGAUAGCAGAGAUAAUUCGGUCUCACUCGAGCAGCCUCUUGGCAGUGCCACCGUCACAACGAGGUCCGCAACGCUCCGUAUCUUGGUCUGCUUUCGGACAAACUCGUUAUGAACGUCCAAAACACUCUUCAGAGGGUCUCUCGCAUAUCGAGUCAGAUGCAGACUCGGCCGCGUCGGAGGACUCGGUGGAACGCGAGACCCGAAGAGUGCUACACAACACGCAAGACGGUCAUCUCGAAAGGACGAUGUCCCAGCUUUCCGUCCAGGAAGCGGAUCUGCGGUCGCGUCGCACACCACACAUAGCAGUUAGGAAGCACGGCAGCCGGACAGCGUCGCCGGACCCUUUGUCACUUGCAGAGUCGCGUCCGGCGAGCUCACUGUCCAAUCAGCGAGGUCUAACACGUUGCGUCUACAUCACGAUACCCGGAGUGCCUGAUAUGCAGGCUUCAUUUGCAGAUGUUGGCUCCGAAGGCGGUCAUCCGGUGCUUGUGCUCCUGGGCUUGGGAGCUUCGAGACAUCUGGUGGGCUUGUAUGAUGGGCUCGCUGCAGCCCUUGGGCUGCGUCUGGUCUGCAUUGAUCGGUGGGGCAUUGGACGAACUGACCAGAUAGCUGCGGAAGCACGCACGAUUCUCGGGUGGAGCUUCGUGGUGGAACAGGUGGCUGACCUGCUCGGUAUUGACAAGUUUUCGAUCAUUGCACACAGUGCCGGCGCGCCGUUCGCUGCGGCUGUAGGGCUGCUGUUUCCGCAUCGUGUACAAGGGCCUCUACAUCUGCUAGCACCCUGGACAGGAUUGCAACAGGACAGUGGAUAUCGAUGGCUGCGAUAUGUUCCGGACGGAGUCAUCAAGACGGCGCAAGCAGCAGAAUGGAAAAUUCAGAGUUGGAAGCUGGGCAAAGAAGGAUUGCGAUCAGGUAAUCGGACACCGCUGGUCUCGACGGACGAGGAAUCCGCUGCGGCAGGGAUUCGCGCGUCCAACGAUUCCCGGCGGGGCUCAACGAUGGCUGACAAGCAGCGGCAGCAGCGCCCGCUCGAGCAUACGUCGGAGCAGCAUCUCGACUCGAUAGCGAGGACAGCAAGCGACUCGGCCAGAGAGUCGGGUUCGAGAGAGGGACUGGACGAUCUGCGUCCCAUCAUGACACACGAUGGGCAGAGCUUCGCAUCGAUGGAAGAGGAACGUGAGACUGCGUUGGAUCUGCUCAAGGCUUCACACGCCGAGAGUGCACGCGGGCUGGUAGAUGACCUUAACCUGGUGCUCGGCAAGAGACCUUGGGGGUUCAGCUACGCAGACGUUCAGAUAGCCUGCGAGGUAUGGCACGGAAGCAAGGACGAACGCAUUCCUGUUGCGAGUUCGACCCACUUGGCCAAGGAGAUGCGAGACUGUAGGCUGCACGUGGUCGAAGGUGCGAGCCAUGGAUUGAUGACCAAUUCGGAGGUGGUGAUAGAGGUAUUUGAGAGCAUUCGAAAGUACGCGGCCCUCUCGUCUGAUGGCGAGAACCUCCGCUCCCGCCAAAGCUGA